CCCUUCCUUCCCAGAAGUUCAAAUUUUCCUUUUCUCCUCACUCCUCCCUUCUUCUCUUUGUUCCAGUACCGCGCUAGUAUAACUUUGUGAAAUAAUAAUAAAGAGCUCGCGCAAAAGCUACUUCAUUUAGUAUUUGUUUGGAUUAUUGGAAAUAGUAAGAACCCAUAAUUUAUUGGAGUACCAUGUACCAUCCGAUAUCCGCUGAACUCCCACCGGCGAAUAGUUCCGGUGAAUUUCCGGCUUAUCGAGGGAGCUGCAGCUUCAGUAGCCUUGUGCCCUGCUUAACCGAAACCUGGGGCGACUUGCCUCUUAAGGUCGACGACCCGGAAGACAUGGUAAUUUACUGGAUUUUACGGGACGCCGUUAACGUUGGAUGGAGCCCGUUUAAUUUGACAGCUUCUAGUGACGUCAGCGUUGACGUUAGAGUUAAAGCUGAGCCGAGUGAUGCGACGGAGCCGGCUACCACUUCGCCUGCUGCUGAUCACUGUUCGGCUCCGCCUCCUGCGGCCGCCGGAGCGGCGCAACCGAAAGGUAGGCAUUUCAGGGGCGUGAGGCAACGGCCGUGGGGAAAGUUCGCGGCUGAGAUCAGGGACCCGUCUAAGAAUGGCGCCAGGGUUUGGCUUGGUACUUAUGAGACGGCUGAGGAAGCGGCGUUGGCUUACGACAGAGCGGCUUAUAGGAUGAGGGGUUCAAAGGCUCUAUUGAAUUUCCCUCACAGAGUUGGCUUGAACGAGCCGGAACCGGUUAGGGUGACAGCUAAGAGAAGGUCGCCUGAGCAGGCUGCCUCAUCAUCGUCAUCUGUUUCAUCGGCUUCGGAAAGCGGCUCCCCCUCGCCAUCGCCCAAGCGGAGGAGGAAAGUUGUUGCGGCUGAACUUUCAGCCGAGCCCGAGCCCGAAGUUGAGAGCCAAUCGAAUGCGUAUCGAGUAAAUUGUCAAAAGACGCAUGUGCCAGUUGGCGAGCAGCUACUGAGUUCUACUGUUUUGUCUCCUCACACUUGAAGCGUACCGUCUCAAAGCAAAUAUGACGUGGUCUAGAAUCAUGCGCAAGGGCGGCCAUAUUCUCGUCUGCUUUUUGCGAGUUGACACGCGCACACGUGUAGCGCAGGAAAACCGCGACCUGAUACGCCCACCCAUAACCUACAACGAACAGAAUGAAAGAGCAAACACACAGGCAUUUGGAUCAAUUGGCGUAGCGGAAUGAAAGGCUGCGCUGUCUUGUAGGCUCUAACAAAAUGAACAUUCAGUAAAUUUGUUGCUAAAAUUGUUGAUCAGUUUGAUGACAUUAAAGAGUCAUCUCAAGGAGAUGUUAAUAUAAUGGUUAAGGUUAAAAUUCUAAAAGUUAGAGGUCCUGAUUCAAUUCCGCUCCAGCUCCCUCUACUUUCUAAUUUUGUGCAUACACUUUCAUAAGGGUGAAAGUAUAUAUAUAUCGUUUGUAUAAAUAAGAUUUGCUCUUAUAAUC